AUGGUCAGCGUUCUACAAAGACCGACCGAUAACUAUUUCGCGUCGUUUUUGCCCUUUAAUGACUGGAACGGCAAUGAUAAUGAAAUACAACUCCGUAGUCAACCAACUACCCCCUUGAGGCGUAUCUCGCGCAGGUCCACUUUACCAGACAAAUUGCAGGAUGACAUGGCGUUUAGAAGAAUGAAUUCGUUUUCUAAAAAGGAUAAAUCGAAUUUACAAGAAGCUCAGGCUCAAAUUAGUUAUAUGUUAGCAUCACCAGUUUAUGUUCCCUACGCAUCAGAUGAUGAUAAACAUUCGGAACGUGACAAC